AUGGUAUCCAUGACAGGGAUGGAAGCUCCAACAAAGCAGGCUGUGCUUGCCCUCUACAAGUCCCUUUUGAGGGAAGGUCGUCGUUUCUCAGCCUACAAUUACAGGAAGUAUGCUUGGAGGAAAGUGAGGGAUGAGUUUCGGGUCAACAAGGACUUGACAGACCCAAAUGCAAUUAGGAAUAGAUAUGCGCUUGGAGUGAAAAAUCUGGAGAUCCUCAGGAGGCAGGACCAAGUGUACGAAGGAAAUACUUAA